UUACGAUGGCUUGCACAAAUUACAUUCGACGGAUGCAUUACUUGUGCCAUUAGAUGACAUUUACUCGACUAUUUAGUGGGCGCAUUCAGCGGCAAUGUAACGCAUUCGAAAAUAUUUCAAGCAGUGUUUAAAUGUAAAGUUAAAUAUUUGCUAAAAUAUACAGUUUACAAGUUUUAAAAGUAUUUGCAAAUAAAUUUAAUAAAAAAUAUUUCCUAACAAACGGUUUAUGAAAAGCUUAUGGUAAAAUUAAAACAAAACACAGGAAACGGUUUUUAAGCACACAUAAUGUAACUCAACGCGUUGUGUAACGCAAAAAUAAAGUUUUUUAAAGAACGAAUUUUUGGAGAGCCUCAACUAGUAUAAUAAUUAUCACUGAAAGUGCUAUGGAUGUGUUUGCGAAAAAGUGUAUAAUCAAGAGCAACGACGAGUUGGGAAGAUAUGUCACAGCAGCUGUGGAUAUAAAAGCCGGCGAAACUUUUCUGCUAGAACAACCAAUAUUGUUGUUGGCUUUAAAUGGCGAGAGACGCUGCUCGAAUUGCCUGAAAUUGACGACACAAUUUUGCAGCAACUGCCGCGUCUUUGCGCUCUGUGACAAUUGUGUGUCUCACAAUGAAUACGACUGCCGUUUGCUUGCCGAUAUGAAAGAUUUAGACAUUGAAUUACUUAAGGAAAAUCCCAAUACUUAUGGACUGCUCAAGUGGCUGCUGCUCCGUGAGGACCCGGAAAACGGUUCAUACUACGAACAGUUACUACAAAUGGAAUCGCAUUUGGAAGAGCGGCGCGGCAGUGAAAUAUGGCAAGAAUUGCAAAAAAACAUCGUCGAACCCGUGCUCCAAGCGGGCUUGACAAAACAUCUGAAGGACGGUCAGAGUGUGGACGAAACGCUGCUGCAAACUUUUUUAGGCAUUAUUGAUGUUAACUGCUUUGAAAUACGUGCGCCCGAUGAAGGUCAGCUGCGCGGCCUGUAUCCACGUACAGCGCUUAUGGCGCACAGUUGUGUAGCGAAUGUACAGAUUAGUAAUGAUGAAAACUAUCUGAUGAAAGUCUUUGCAACGUGCGAUGUGACGAAAGGAGAAUUACUAUAUAACUGUUACACAAAUGUGUUGUUGGGUACAGAUGAGCGGCGUCAUCUACUAAAGGAGGGCAAGUAUUUCGAUUGUAAAUGUGAGCGUUGUGAGGAUCCCACCGAGUUGGGUUCACAUAUGAGCAGUUUCAUGUGCGCACGUUGUGCUGAGAAUAAACAAACUGGCUUCAUUGUAAAAAUAAAGCAGGAACGAACACAACAAGCGACACAGUUACAAAAAUCAACGAAAAGUACCGCCGUCAAGCAAUUAUGGACAUGGAAGUGUCAGGAGUGUGAACACACCCUAACGCCAGAUACUGUACAACAACUAAUUGAACGUGCUAAAGAAGAAAUGUUCCAUGCAAAAGAGGAUAUCACGCGCUACGAACUACUGCUUUCGAAACUAACACGCUACUUUCAUCCCAAUCACUAUCUCUUGUUGGAUAUAAAACAGAAUAUAGCGGCUAUUUUGCGCUCGAUUUUGCAAAAUUUUGCACUACAACCGGGUCGUAAGGUAUACGAACGCAAAGUGCGUCUCUGUCAGGAUGUAUUUGGGGUUUUGCAAAUAAUUCUACCCGGUAUUUCACGCCUGAAAGCAAUUGUGCUCUACGAAAUGGCGAAUACACUUGCGGAAUUGCAUCGAAUGCGUUACGACCAGAAGGAGCUCCAGAAGACGGAGUUGGUGGAGCUGCUUAAACGUGUUGAAAUGAUGCUACGCGAAUCAGUACGCAUGCUACUUUAUGAACCGCUUGAAACACCCGAGGGUCAAAUGACAAAGAGCAUAUUGAAGGAGAUAAAGGAUCUGCAAAACGAUGUUAAAUAUUUGGAGGAAAACUAAAUGAAAAUAGCAAUCAUUUUGUAAAUAUAAAAUACUCAAAAUAAAUGUAAAAUUUAUAUUUAAGAGUUACCAACAGAAAAUAGAUAUCAAAAUACACUUAUUAUAGUCAUACCUUUUUAAUAACCACAAGAUCAAUUUUCCAUUUAUACCCAGUUUGUGGCUCCAAAGUAAUCAAUUCACUGACAUCACUACCAAUUAGUGGCCCUGUGCGCCAUGGGCAGGCACUUUCUUAUAAAUGCCCGGCAGACAAUAAC